ACUGAAUAGCAAUCUCAUCAGGUUAUUCCUUCUUCCUAUUUUCUCUUUUCCCCUCACCUCUUCGGUUGGUGCGUCUCUUUUCCUUCCCCGACGGUGCACCACUAAGAGAAACAGACUGAGAGUAGAGAGGAAGAGACUCUGCUGAUAAAGAGCCAAUUUUUUAUCUCUUGUUUCCCUUGUGAAGCAAAUUCGAUCGCCUCCCCUGCCGAAGGCGUCCGUUGGCUGUAGUGAUUUCCCCGAUUCCUUGUGUUUCGUUCAUAUGCAUCGUCCGCUGAGAAAGGUGGCAUCUUUAUCGUAAUUCGAGAUGGGCGGUGGUGAUCGGAGGGAUUUAGCAGCGCAAUAAACAGGGGAGAAGAAGAGGAGAGCAGCCAUGAGUUUCAAGAGAGGAAGUGGUGGGGGAGGAGAGUUGUGGGCAAGGGGAAAGGUGCCCAAAAAAUGGACCUUUUUGCUUUGCCUUGGAAGCUUUUGUGCUGGUCUGCUCUUCGCUAACAGUUGGAAGAUGCCUGAAGCGAAGGACAUCAUCAGGACAUCAGGAACAGAAGAUAAACUGAAUCUUGUUGCCAACGACUGUAAUCCGAGAAUAAUUAAUGAAAAACCAGAGCCAAAAGAUAUCCUCGACGGAGUUUCAAAUGCACAGGAAGUUAUACAGACACUGGAUAAGACAAUAUCAGACUUAGAAAUGGAAUUAGCAGCUGCUAGAGCUACACAGGAGUCGAUACUCAAUGGUGCUCCAUUGUCGGAGACUCUGAAAGCUGCCGAGGCCACUGGUCGAAGAAAAUAUCUGAUGGUUGUAGGAAUUAAUACUGCAUUCAGCAGUCGUAGGAGAAGAGAUUCAGUUCGUGCUACUUGGAUGCCUCAAGGCGAAAAAAGAAAGAAAUUGGAGGAAGAGAGAGGGAUCAUCAUUCGCUUUGUCAUUGGUCACAGCGCUACAUCUGGUGGAAUUUUGGACAAGGCAAUCGAAGCCGAACAUAGAAAGCACGGGGACUUGAUGAGGCUGGAUCACAUCGAAGGCUAUCUCGAGUUAUCAGCGAAAACAAAAAGUUAUUUUGCAACUGCUGUCUCUAUGUGGGAUGCAGAUUUCUACAUCAAAGUAGAUGAUGAUGUUCAUGUAAAUAUUGCAACUCUUGGAAUGACUCUUGCUAAGCACCGGUCGAAGCCUCGGGUGUAUAUUGGAUGUAUGAAAUCUGGUCCAGUCCUAGCUCAAAAGGGGGUGAGAUAUCACGAGCCCGAGUAUUGGAAGUUUGGAGAAGAUGGAAAUAAGUAUUUCCGACAUGCUACCGGUCAGCUAUAUGCAAUUUCCAACGACUUGGCUGCUUACAUAUCCAUGAAUCAGCAUGUGCUUCACAAGUAUGCAAAUGAGGAUGUUUCACUGGGAUCAUGGUUCAUCGGACUAGACGUCGAACACAUCGAUGACCGCAGAUUAUGUUGUGGCACCCCACCUGACUGCGAGUGGAAAGCACAGGCCGGCAACAUCUGUGUUGCCUCGUUCGAUUGGACCUGCAGUGGCAUUUGCAAUUCAGCUGAAAGGAUCAACGAGGUUCAUCGGCGAUGCGGAGAAGGCGAAAAGAUGGUGUGGGAUGCAGUCUUCUGAAAUAAGCAGAAUCCCUUCCGAUCUCCCAUGACAGCAAAAAUGUGUCGUAUCAAUUCAUAUGUUUAUUGAUGUAGUGCGUAUGUGCAGUGCAUUUUUUUUGUUAUGAGAGAAGAUCCUCAAAGCAGUAAGGGGUAUACAGAGAGAGAGAGAUAUGCUUGAUGGGCAUGUAAAGAAAACCAUCUUCAGCUUUGAGUUCCUCAGAGAUGGAUGGCAGACAUCGUCGCGGAUGCAAUGGCAAAUUAUGGGUGUAAAACGUAGCUCAUUUGACCUGUGGGUGGAAGUGUGUUGUCGACAACAAAUCAAAUGAAAGAUGGCCUUCUCUGCA